GAGAAAUUUCAUAAAAGGAGGCCCAGAAAAAUAAAAAUAAAACGUGAAUAAGUUAAUUUUGAGGAUAAAGAUAGCAAAAUUCCAAGUCAAAUGUGGGCCCUCAUCCAACGGUAGAAGCCCAAUGGGUUUGCUUACAGAAAUAUCUUAUUCCCAAAAAGAAUAAAAAAUAAAAAAAUCAUUCAAGAACUGUGUAAAGCCACUACUCUCUGAGCUGUCCUUGAGCAAACAAUUUCGCCACCAAAACAACCAGCCCCUACUUACUAUAUAAACCCUUCCUCUUUUGCUAAUCACAUUCUAAUCUUACUUAAACCCACUUCAAAUCUUCAUUAAUCAAAGGCGAUCCACCGACCUUCUAAAUUCCAAAUGGCUUCCUCCUCCCAACAAUCUCAGCCCUUCGACGGCCACUUCACGGUGCUGGACGACACCCAGUUUCAUAUCCGAGGCCGCACGCUCUUCUUCGUCGUCGUCCUCUUCACCGUCGUCCUCCUCGUCACCGUCCUCUUGCUCUACGCGCGCUGGGUAUGCCACUCCCACCCCAACACCUCCUCCUCAUCCAACACGCCGCCCAACGCGCCGCCGCAGAGUCAGCCCAAGGGACUCGACCCCACCGUCAUCCGAGCCCUGCCAAUCGUCCUGUACCACCAAUCGGUUCGGGACUUGGAGGCUGGCGGCGGCGGCGGAGAGUGUUGCAUAUGCCUCGGGGUUUUCGGAGAUGGCGAGAAGGUUAAGGUUCUGCCGAAUUGCAGCCAUAGCUACCACUCUGAGUGCGUUGAUACGUGGCUCGCGACUCGGUCGAGCUGCCCGCUGUGUCGAGCUCAGCUCCAAGCUCAGUCCACCACUACCUGAUUUUGCUUGGGUUUUUCCUUUUUUGGAAAUAAUUUACUCUUUUUUUUUUUUUUCUAUUUGGAUGUAGAAUAAUUUAAUUCAUUAUUAUCCUAGAUCUUGUAAAUUCUUGUAAAGCAGAACUGUCCUUUGUGUUAUCGUCUUUGUUUGGAGAUAUUUUGGAGCUUUUUUUCUUCUCCUUUUCCUACUCUUGUCGUGGUUUGAUUUUCCAUAUAUUUUAUUGUCUGAGGAAACUAGACGAAGAUUGAGGCAUAAAAAACGAAUGCUUUGUUCUUUCCCUAUAAAAAUAAAUGCGUUGUUUAUACAUUUGGCGGCAUAUGUUCGAAGAAUGCCCUGAAGUCA